GCCUCCGGGUCAAGCAUCUGAUAUUUCUUUUUAUUUAAAGUCAGGUCGGUUCCUAUCGGUUCAUAAUAAACUGGUCAUCACUGGACUUUUGGUCUUUUAUAAUUUCAAGUUUAUCUUGCUGCUUUUGGUUUUGAUCUUGUCUUUUCAAGUUGCUAAAAUGAGUAUCGAAAAGUUACCCGAUGAAAUUUUAUUAUACAUUUUCUAUCGCAUCAAAAACUUUGAGACGCUUCAUAAUUGUUCCGAAGUCAAUAAAAGAUGGAGAAGUCUAAUUGCUGAAAGACUGCAAAAUAUUGAAUAUUUAUCAAAUGAGCAUGAUGAGGAAGGCAAUACCAUGUUCUUUGCAGAUAAUGAUCCACGUGAGAGAGUGAUAUUGACAAAUUCCGGAAAUAAUCUGAAAAAUUUCAUUAAAUAUCUGCCGCCUCUUGAAAUAACUGACUUUACAGAAUGGGUGUAUGGUGAUCUUAAAUCUAAAAGUUCAUCACGGAAUGGAAAUAAAGAUUUAACCCGAAAAUGAUCAUCAUAGAGCAACAAACUGUUUUUGUUGAUAUCUUAUUCAAUUUAAAGAUAUUGGAUGAGUCUGCAAUGUUUUUUAUUAAUAAUAAAAUCACUCGGAUAUUUACCA